UGGUACAGUCCAGUGUCCUCUGCUGCUGAACGAGGAGCUGGAGGCCACGUCUUUUGCGUAAAUAUUGGGUAAAAAUAAGGAAAGAUGGUGAACCUUGCAGCGCUCGCUAGGAAUCACUGGGUGCAUAUCCUGGUGCCCAUAGGCUUUGUGCUCGGCGUGUACCUGGACAGAAAACAAGACGAGAAGCUCACAGCCUUCAGGAACAAAAGUCUGCUCUUCGGGAGGGAACUGAAGCCUGGAGAGGAGGUGACAUGGAAGUAGCCCAGACUCAGCCCCAGACUACAAAUCUGAAUAUUUAUAUGUUGUAAAAAUUUACAAAUAUGUUUAAUUGUAUCUACUAAUAAAACAUGAUCUUUCACAAUAAAA